AUGCUCGUCUUAACUUGGAAUAGAUGCUGUGCUGUGAUGUUUCUCGUCGCUACACUGAAGACGGGGACAUCCCAGGUAUCAGAAGCGCGCCCAAAGGCGAAUUUAAUCAAGCCAGCUCUGUUGGAUGAGACGCCUACACCCGCUCCAAACCGCUCCGCCACUGUCCUCCUCGGGAUCACGAAGAAACAUAACAUCCUCGCGCAGGUGUAUCCAUGCAGCAACGAUAAGGAGUGCAGUGUGCUAAGCUACUGCCAAAGCCCUCAACAGGCUCCCUCUCGCUGCCUAAACUGCCGGAAGAGGAAGAAGCGUUGCCAUCGAGAUGCCAUGUGCUGUCCUGGGAACCGCUGCAGUAACUAUAUUUGUGUGCCGAUCUCUGAGAGCGUGCUCUCCCCUCACAUCUCAGCUUUAGACGAGCACAACAAACUCUCCACCAAAGACCAAAGCUGGAGGAAGAGUGGGAAGGCGCACGCUAAGCAUUCUCUCAAAGGGCACGAGGGCGACCCUUGUCUGCGUUCCUCCGAUUGCUCGGAGGGCUACUGCUGCGCCCGCCAUUUCUGGACCAAAAUCUGCAAGCCGGUGCUGAGGCAGGGGGAGGUGUGCACCAAGCAGAGGAAGAAAGGCUCUCACGGCUUGGAAAUCUUCCAGCGCUGUGACUGUGCCAAGGGCCUUUCCUGCAAGGUGUGGAAAGACGCCACCUCCUCGUCCAAGUCCAGGCUCCACAUGUGCCAGAAGAUCUGAAGCGGGGGCAGCUGCUGUCGGCGUAGAGGCCUCUGUCUCCAUCUGCCAGGGAAAGUCUUUUAAAAGGAUGGGUUGUGGCUGUAUUGAAAAGAAGUAAAAAGACAGAGACUAACAAGAGACAGAACAGACUGUGUGGGUUCAAGCUCGCUAUUCUGCAAGCAGAGAGUGAAUGGGAUUGCUUUAAUGUGUUUGCUGCCAGUGGUCCAUCCCUGCACCAACAUACAAACACACACCCUCACACACACACAAGCACCUAUACACACACACACACACACACACACCUCACGGGUUUGUGAGAUCAAUGGCGUGCUCGCACACAAAUACGACAAACUACGACAUUCAGGGAGCCACACAGUUAGCCGGUGGAUGCUGUGAUAGGUGCGGACCUUUUCUAGAUGGAGGCAACGGACGUAGUAGACUUUCAUCAAGCUUCAACCUAUAACAAUAACACAAACUAUUAACAGACAAGCCAUAUUUUCUUUUUACUGCACAGUGCAUUCUUUAGCCAACUCCAAAGGCAAAGAUCUGAUGUGUGAUAUCCUGUGUUUGAUUACUGGAUCUGCCAUGAUUUUCUAUCUGUUUUGUCAAAUUUCAAUAUCUCACUCUUGUUUGUCUUAAGCCUUGAGGAAUUCAGCUAUUGCUAUGCAAGAUAUUUAUAACCAGUAACAAGCUCCAGACCCACAAAAUACCAGUCAUAUCAUAUGAGGAACUAAUUGCAUACACUCUUCACUGCAGAGCUCGACUUGUGUAACAGCAUCCUGAGACUUCAAUGCGGCACAUAAUGCUCUUAAACCAAAGAAUGAAAGAAUAUUUACAUCAGAGUGAUGAGUUUCAUCUGGGGGCAUUAGCUCCUCGGCCGAUUUCUAAGCCGCAAGAAGAGAGAUAAAGUAUUGUGUCCGUCGUGGAAACCUUGUUUGAUCCGUCAGCUGCAAUCUAUUGUGAUACAACUGUGUGGGUUAGAGCAGUCUGCACCGAGGUAGCGCUCUGUGCAGACUUAGAGGUCCCGACACCAAACCAGAGAAUGGUUCUGCUUUUCCAAUCACGUGAACAAGGAUUCAAGGACAACCAUGGAAGUGCAAUUUUUUCCGUUUACAAAGCCAGUAGGAACGGAGUCGUGAGAAGAUUGAUUGGAGUUCCAUAAACCUGAUGCUUUGCAGUUUGAAUCAACAUUUCGUUGACGGCACACGGCCCUGUUUAUUUUUCUGUUUUUCCAAAUAUGACUGCAUCAUUUCGUCUCAUGAAAUACUGCGCAGUUGUGUCCUUCUUCAAACAACCACUUGUCAGCUACAUAGUCAAUAUAAUAUACACAUUCGCCUCUUUUUGCUUUAAUGUUUUUAGAGCGUCAACUACACAUAUUUUGUAACCAUUUAAAAAUACCAAUAAGCUCUUAUAUUGUAAAUAGAUUGGAAACAAUGAACAUGUAUUUAAAGAAUCAAUGUAUAUCGUGUACAUAUAAUAAAAAAAAUGAAUCUUAAAACGUUGCGCCAAAAUGAUCUAGGUGAGAAGAGUCAUGAGGGAGGAAGCACAGAUGCACACACACACACACACACACUCACACACACAGCUUGGAGAUUACAGACCGGAUGCAUCGAAGGGAUACAACCAAAAAAGAGAAACAAGCACAUUCAUUUCCAAAAUAGUGUAAAGGUGUGUAAAUGGUGUCAAGAUUUAU